GUGCUUGAUGAACUGGCUGAACCAGCUGAACCAGCUGAACCAGCACCGCCCUUUUACAUCGUAACCACCACCACCCCGUGGUCGUAACGGUUACGGCGUCAAAACCUCGUCAGAUAUGCAUCAGCGAAGGCGGCGAUGACCCGAGAGGUCUCCCGUCGUCAUGGUUCCAGAUGAAUGACAAAGGUGGCGUUUUCGGGGCACCUUCCGAUUAGGCAUUGAUCGGUUCCGAGGGUCGGCGGGGACCUUCUAUUUGUGUGGAUCCUGAGACUCGCGUGGCUCGCACGCCACGGGUACCUGGCAGAAUGGACUGAAGCGGAGCCCGGAGCACUCGGCUGCGUCAAAUCGCGAAAGCUCAAGGCACAUUUCCGACUAGUUGCCAAGAAAAGGCCCUGCAGCAUGGUAUGGAAAUUGACAUUCUGGUUGCCCUUCCUGGUUUUGCUGCCACCGUGCGCCGGAGACUGUGACCCGGAGAACCUGACGGACUCGAGGCUGAACCAGAUGCCGGAACACACCACACAGAAGUCGUUUCCGAACGGGGCGGUGCACACUUACAAGUGCAUGCAUGGCUACCGGCCCUUCAACGAUCGCCGCAACGCCACCUGCCGCGGUACUGUCUGGGAGCUGGACAACGCACGACCCCUCGGCUGUCACGGCGCCAGUUGCGGAGCCCCCGGUGGGAGGAACGGCAUCGACCACGGCACCUUCCGCUCUCACGUCUUCACCUUCCCGAACAAAGUGGCGUUCGACUGCGAGAGAGGCUACCGGCUACACUCGCACGACAAUCAGCCCGUCGACUCGGACUACGGCAUCUACUGCCAGUCCGACGGAUUGUGGAGCGAACCGCCGCCCAAGUGCCUCGUGGUGGUGUGUCCGCAGCCGGCGCAAGUGGUCCACGGUAACGUGGACACGUCGGAGGGACUUAACUUCCGGGCCGUGGUGCACUACUCGUGCAACCGACUGUACAGGCUGGUGGGACCCCCGUCACGGCAAUGCCAGGACAACGCCACCUGGAGCGGUGCCGAACCGACCUGCGAAGAGGUGAAGUGCCCAACGCCGGUCAACCCCCCAGGCGGUGUGGUAGUGGUGACCAGCAUGUCGGUGGGGGCCAAUGUCACCUUUAGGUGCCUGGCCGACGGUUCCACCCUGGUGGCCCGGUGCCUGCCUCAGGGUGUCUGGUCACGCGACGCUCCUCGGUGCCCUCCCGUGGUCCCGACACAAGCCAGCACAGGCACUCCAACGACGACCACCACAACUGCGGCAGUGACGUCACCACGGAUCCCGACACAAACCAGCACAGGCACUCCGACGAUGACCGCCACAACCGCACCUGUAACGUCACCACCUUUCGAACCGACAAAAGAAACCACCGGGGAUCCACCGACAGUGGGUGAAGGAUCAGGGAUGCUGGCACUCUUCAGCGUGCUCCUAGUUCUUUCCGUGGCUUCCAUGGCCGGCGCAAUCCUGCUGUUGCGGUUCUACUGUAAGGCCGAGGCAUCGAGAGGCAGCGACACCUGAACUAGAGCAACAACCUAAGGCCAAGUGUCGGCAACGACCGAUCAAUUGUGGUCGACGGCUACCUGCGAUCACCUUCUUCAGGUUGUGUAGCCGGUUCUGAAGUUUAGGUGAGGGAUCCACCUCUGUGGGAGUGCCGCAGAGUAGGAGGUGGCAUGUGGCAGGAACGUCCUCAGAACCGGCAGGCCGCUGCGAUUGGACGGAACUGCCCCACAUGCGAGGACAUUAGACGUAUCAGUGGGCCUCAAGGACUCUGCCAGUGUCUGCUGCAGUAUGCGUAAGACAAGAAAAAAAAAAGUAGUUUCUUCGUGCAUUUUAUUGAAUAAACUGUCCUGAAUGUGUAUGGCAACACCACAGAUUUAGUACUUUCUUGAGGAAUGUGACCUUAGCAGUGCAAGUAUGCAGCCUGCCGUAUUUUCACAUAAUUUAAUAAACGCUUGCUUUUUAAGCGUGUGGAAUUGUUGCUUGACUCUCCAGCAGGGUGUAAGAUAUAGCAAAGUGGAAAGUUGAGCCAGUUGAUUCAUGGUUCUUUGAAUGGCAGCUUCCUCUUGGCCUUCUCCACCGAGCGCUUGACUGGUGGCAUUCGCGGCUGCUAAUCUAGUCACGUGGGGCAAUACAGAACAAUCUGCUCAAGGGGCGUCUUGCCUGCUCUAUCGGCCAGAAACGCAGCAUUGCAAUCUUAUUUUAAGGUGAAAGCCUUAUAUGUCUCAUCGUAUUCAGUCGACCUGUUGAGGUGUGUUGAUGACUACCUGAUUCUGCUGAAAGGCAACGAUAACACAGACAUUGAAAGUGUGGUUGCCGCGAUGUUACAAGUGUUUACGGAUUGUUCUUCGGGACUAAAGUUUAAGUGUGAGGCCACUUCUGAGGGUGCCCUACAAUUUUUAGAUCUCAAUCUUCGAUGUGAGCCCUCACAUUUGUGUUGGCCCUAUGAGCAUAGAUCUAAGAAGGGGCUCUUAGUGUAUGAAUCCACACACUCUAAGACAGUGAAAAGAGCCAUUGCACUGUUCAGUCUCUGCACCGCCUUGUUUAAGUCGUGCCACUGUGGUGUGGUGACAGUUUUUAGUUGCAAUGCAAAAGGUUGUCAAAUGCUGGUUUCCCUUUGGGAGUUGUCAUGGGCGUCGUGGAAUCCUUGGUUAAGGUGUUUAGAGGGCCUGGUAGUACUGAGGCAAUGCUGAAAAAGAGGCCGUAUCUCCACGUGGUGAAUGC